UGGUUCUCGGGCGGCACAUUUGAGCGAUGGCUGGAGCCAGGCACCUUAGCAAGAGUUUGGAUGCCUUUCGGGGACUUUUCGAGAGCAGUUUGAGUCCGGGCUUUCCAAGUGGACCUCGGAUCAUCCCCACUAUGCCCACUAUGCUUCACCGGAGAUGUUUAAGCUCUAGUAAGUUCCUUGGUUCUCUAAUUAUGAAUUCGUGUUCUUUCCUGGAUUCCAGAUCAAUUAUGAGAAAGCAGGUCCGGCCCUUCCUCAAUUUUGCAGCUCCUCUACUUGGUGCUAAACGCGUGGAAUAUACUGAAAUCCGUCAACUCCCGUACUCUGUUGACCAAAUGUAUAACAUUGUAGCUGAUGUUGGCAGCUACCAGCUCUUUGUUCCCUGGUGUAACUGCUCCCGCAUAAUUUCCCAUCACAACAAAGUCUUCAAGGCUGAACUGGAAGUGGGAUUUCCUCCUGUGGUUGAGCGCUAUGUCUCAGAGAUCUCCUCAGUGCCUCACUGUCAAAUCCGGGCUGUGAGUAAAGAUGGGCGGUUAUUUCGGCAUCUGGAGACACUGUGGCAAUUUAAGCCAGGACACACAGGACGCCUGGAUUCUUGCAUGCUCAAGUUUUAUGUCUCCUUUGAAUUCAAAUCCACCUUCCAUUCGCAACUGGCUAAUCUUUUCUUUAAUGAGGUAGUCAAGCGAAUGGUCUCAGCCUUUGAACAGAGAGCAGAGAAGCUGUACAGCACUCAAACUGCAGUCCAGCCACGCCAGGCAAUUCACUGCACGUGAUGAUGGUUUUGGGAAUACUAAAGUCUGAGUCCACCUUCCUGAUCUCACAGAGCAAACUCUUCUUUUUUGCCCACAUCUGUAUCCCUUCUUGGAUGUUUUAUUCAUGGACAUGACAUUAUUUAUGCCUAUUUACCUUGCAAAAAAAAAAAAAACUCUGAAAGGUGCACAUUAUUUAAAUGAUUCUGCUAUUUUAUUGUAUGUUUUGAUCUAUUAUAAAUUAUUGAAUAUUUAAUCAUGCUGUUAUAAAAUGACUGUUUGUUAUAAUGGAGAUCCCUGACCAUCAUUGAAAACCACAAAUAUUAUAAUAGAAUUUUAAAUUAUGUUUGAAACAGAACAUGGGAUUUUUUUAUGCUUCAGUUUUUCAAAAGUGGCCUAUUUAUUGAUUCACUAAAUAAUUUCUUGAAAUAUAAGGAAAAUAGAGCUAUGUCUAAACACAACUUUUUUUCCUUCAGUGGCAUUCACAGAGUAAAUUCCUAGAAUUCCCCCCCCCUUUUUUUUUUUUGUUAAGUCUCUUUUCUCUUCUAGAUGCCAUGGGAUCAAUCUUUUGUUUCUUUCCUUGGAGUAACUAUUUUCCUUUCAGAUUAAUUCAAACUACUCUAAAAUUAAUUUAAAAAUGGAAUAAAAAAACUGGGCAAUUAAUUUUUCUUUAGUAGCUCACAAUAAGUUACUAAAUGAGCAAAUUGAUCAAAAAGUGCUUCUUGUAAGCCAGUCUUUCUUUUACUCAAAAUUUUCUGGGUAGAGGCUUUUGUGAAUAGCAGCAGCAUUUAGCCUAAUGCUAAGUAAUUGAAAAACUGCAAUUAUUAGUCUAGGCUAGUCAUAUAGGAGUUCUAGCAGCUACAUAGACAGUGAUGCAAUCUAACCUCUGAUCUCUUGAAAGGAGAUUUUAUAUCUGAACUGCCUGGAUAGAAGCAGGUGAUUGCCUAAGACAGGAAUUGCUGACAAGAUUUAGUUUAGUUGCAGCAGAGAUGACGCCACCAAGCUGACUCUUGACUCCCACUCAGAUGGCGUAAUUCCUUAAGCACAGAAGAAAAACUAUCACUUGUGCCAAAAAUAGCAAUUUCCUAUUCUGAGGCAGUCCAAGUGGUGAUAUCCUGGAAGAUGAGGGAAUCCUUGCUCAGGGUUCCCUAGAAAUAUGUAGAAUGCAGAACUAGGGAGGAAAAUUAAGAGCAAAUUUGUAUCUCCUCGAUGAAACAUAAUUGUGCAUGUUUGCAUUAUAUGUCAAAAUCAAAGAUAAAACUGAAUUGUUUAUUACAAACUAUCCAAAGCCAUAUGCAUUAAGCUUCCAUUAUUCUGCCUGUUAGUAAAUAUUUAUCAAUAUAACAUGGGCAACAUCUUAAUAGUACUUGACAAUUAUGUGUGCACGUGUGUUCACAGAAAAAAGUGACAAUAAAGGUUAUCUUAUCUUAGGACAGAUCAUCCAAAAAAUAUAGUUCAGCUAUAACUUGCUGACUUACCUGCUUUUUAACUGGUAUUCCAUACACUAACUACGAAUUGUUUUCUGUUUGCCGUCUCAAAGUGGCAAUGGGUAAGUAACUAGUAUCAGUUUCAGUAGUCAGAGUCAGUGGGAGCUGAGGGCUACAAAGAGGAGACUGCUUGUGGUUCUGGGGCUGCACGUUGCCCCUUAGGUAGUAAAGUAGAACAUUUCAGUUCUAAUGAACCAAUUUUUGAGCACUGAUCUUAUUAGCAGCAAAUUGUCAAAUAGAAGAC